AUGGGCUGUGAGAACUUUGCGAACUCGAUCAAUGGAUCCGAUUGUCUUCUAUCCUUUGAUUCCUUGACGAGCAGCGAGAGCCAGCGGGUCCAAUUGGAGUUCUUCGAAUCUUCGCUUCGGAUUACUUUUGACGGAGGUACUGCUCCUCUUCUGAGAAGACUUUAUCUUGUGCUCCACCAUCAAUUUACCGACGAUUCUGGGUGGUCAUCAUCACUCGCCGAGCGAGUGGAUGGGAUGGUCACCACUAUUUCGGACUUCAUCAAGUUGACUGGCACUAUCACUAAAGACAAUUUGUACGGUUCUAUUGACCCCUUCUCUCAUGCAACCUUUGGAGACUCUUGUGAUACUGAGCUGAAGUUGUUUCCAUCUAGGAUAUCUAAGGCUUGUUUGACGGCGAUGUUGUUAUUCUCCAAAUACUUAUCGUCGCUGCCUCCGGCUAUGUGGUUCUCUACUUACUGCUAUUCACUUGUUGAGAGGGUUCUGCAGUGGCGGCUAGCCCAGAAGUCCCAGAGCUCAUCUUCGCAUGCUCUGCCUGCAUACUUCGAACCGUCUGAAUUACAACUCUCCACCCCACAUUCCACCAUUAUUGAUUGGGUUGCAUUUCCCUCUCUCAGAGAUCGCCUUAUUCAACACUACAAUCGGAGCCCGUCACUUGGUCAAGUGUUUGAAGAACUCCUUGAACAUGCCGUCAUCGAAGUGGCUGACAUCUCAACUAUUCUCACGGGCGUGGAGCGAGGCCCUGGGUUCCUGGGAGUUUGCAAUUUGUACCGUGCUCUGUCCCACACAACGGCUGAAGGAGGUACCGAGACCAUGUAUGACGGGAGUGUCCUUGAACUCAGGGAUAUUACCUUGGACGGGUUGUUUCAGAUGUAUAGGUUACCUGUCCCAGAUACCUUCAAAAUCUGCCAGCAAGCCUGUUCUGGUGACGGCAUAUGGGAACCAGUCCCACUCGCCCAACUACUGUUCUCACCACGGCUGGUCCAACGACUGUAUCGCCACCUCAAGGUCUACAUGGCUCACGAGAGGUGGCGGCUUGAUCCUAUAUUCUACGACAAACACCCAGAGCUCAAGUGGGAUGGGUACGAGGCAACGAUUGCACGUGGUUCCAGCUAUCGAGUUACCUCGGGAUGGGAAGCAGCUACCUAUGCAUCUCCAAGCUCCUGCCUCGAGCCGACGGCAUUGUGA